ACAACCAAGAGACAAGACGGACACCAAUCAAGUCAAUUUAUUAACCCUUCUCAUAGAAGCUGAAGAGACUGCAGCACAGGUGAGUAUUUCAUUACUUUUUCAUUUCAAUCAUCUGAACUGUCUACGCGAGGUUUUGCUCUUAACAUUCUUUCAUUUUCUUCCUCUUCCUUUCCUCUGUGCUCAUCUUUCAGAGGCUACAACAAUGAUGAGUGUUCACUCUUUGGCUGGACUCCUGCUCCUCAUCAUCGUCCAAAGCAGUUGGCAGGCGCCUGAUCAGGACACAGACAGAAACUCCAUGUAAGAUCAAAUCUCAACUUUUACAUUGAUCAGUGAGCUCCAUCAGUAUCUAACCAUCCUAUUGGAGAAGUUCAGUUAGUUACUAUCAUGACAGCAUUUGCAGACAGCCUGAGCUGCAUAUAUAAUAUGUAAACUCAAAAGUUGUGAUAAGAUGAGAAGAACUUUAUUGAUCCCUGGAGGAAACUUGAUAAGGACAAGUGAGUGAUUACAUAUGUGGUACAUUUUUGAAGGGCUCUACUGAACUCAGAUGUUUCAGUUUUUUUCACAGAAUAGGAACAAGCUUAUAUAAGUUUUUUGUAAAGAUUUUAUUUUGAAUCGCUCUUAUAUUGUAUUUUUAGUUGAGUGUGCUUCAGUUUUUAAACCUAAUUACACUGGAGCAGGGAGAUUACCAUCGAUAUCUGCAGCACACAGGGCUGUUGACACAAGAGAAGCAGAAUCUGUUUUGAAAUUGAGCAGAUGUAACCUAUUGCAAAUUCUUUUAUCAAUCUCAUUAGGAAAAAAAAAUUGAAAAAUUAAUAUUUCAGGUGAAUAGUAAAAUUUAAAAAAAAAAUCACAUACCUUAGUUUCUUUCUUGUUGUUGCAGUUGCAUUUGUAGUUAUUUCAAUUUAUUCUCAUUUUCAUUUACUUUUUUUGUAUGGAUGACAUAGGCUCUUACGUAUACGUGACAGAAAGAGUGGCUUUUAAGAUGUCAUUGUGUAACUUUUUGUAUAUUGAUCUUAAUUUUUUAGGCUAUUGACUGAAAACUCCAUACUCAAUGAACCCAUUGAGCUCCCAAACAUGAAGAGACACUCAGAGGGAACUUUUUCGAAUGACUACAGCAAAUACCUGGAGACAAGAAGAGCACAAGACUUUGUACAGUGGCUUAAAAAUUCAAAAAGAAAUGGGUAAGUUUGUCUAUUUCUCUCUGAACCAACGUGGUGUAAUGAAUCAUAUUCAACAUAGAUGAUGUCUUCAUGAUUCAAGCUGAUUUAGAUGUUUUUUCUGAUGGUGUUUCUUGAUGUAUUUCCGUCAACAGAAGUCUAUUUAGACGCCAUGCAGACGGCACCUACACCAGUGAUGUAAGCUCCUACCUGCAGGACCAGGCUGCCAAGGAGUUUGUGACCUGGCUGAAGACUGGCCGAGGCAGGAGAGACUAAACUCCUCUGAAGCUCCCAAGAAAAUGUUAGCAAUUCAGACCCACUCUGUGCUGUUAUGUUUCACAACAUGUAUGAGCCCUUUUUCUUGCUCCUGCUAUUAAACUCCUCUCAUAAGAAGCUCUGUUGGCCCUUGGUGGUUGAUGGAAUUGUUGAGAUGCAAAAAGCAAGAAUGUAGUUGAUGAGUAAGUUAGUUGUGUUUGAAAUGUGUCUCAAUCAAAAAGACUUUGUACAAUUUUUUCAACCAUUCACAUCAUCCCUCAUGUUUUCAAAUUUCAUGAUUUCCAUUUCUAGCAGCCUUCUCUAAUGUAAAAAAGUUUUUGAGUCAGGAUGUUGAUCUGAACUGCAACCUGUAUGAUUACCAGUAAAGGUAUCCCCUUUUUUUUCUUACUUUAAAGUCACGCUUAGUUUUCAAUAAAGAAAUGUGUACAAUCAA